AUGGCCCCAAUAACCAACAUGUCCCUGCCAAAUGCCCGGCCCUAUGCCUUCAACUUCCCCCCCGAAACCACGGCAUUUCUCAUCAUCGACAUGCAACGGGACUUUGUCGACCCGGGCGGGUUUGGUUCGGUCCAGUGCGGGAACCCCGACAUCUUCUCGUCCGUCCGCAGCAUUGUCCCGACCGUGCAGCGAGUCCUGGAGGUGUCCCGCGAGAUGGGGAUGCAUGUUAUUCAUACGAGGGAGGGCCAUCGACCGGACCUCUCCGACCUGCCCGCGGCAAAGCGGCUGCGGCAGAUCAGUGCGCCGAGUGGCCACCAUACGAUGGGCAUCGGCGAUCAGGGCCCCAUGGGAAGACUGCUGGUGAGAGGAGAGUUCGGCCACGAUAUCAUUGACGAGCUCAGGCCGGUCCCGGGAGAGCCGAUCGUCGACAAGCCGGGCAAGGGGAGCUACUGGGGGACCGGACUGCAUAGGAUAUUACUCGCUCGAGGCAUUACGCAUCUGAUUUUCGCGGGUGUGACAACAGAGUGCUGUGUCACUACGACUUUGCGAGAAUGCAAUGAUCGAGGGUACGAAUGCUGCAUUCUAUCGGACUGCACUGGCGGCUUCGAUCAGCAGCAGGUUACCACGUCGCUGGAUAUGAUAUGCAGCCAGGAUGGCCUGUUUGGCUAUAUCGGGCACAGCUCCGACUUCUUUGCGCAGGCAGACAGGCUCGCAGGGACGGCUGUGGCUGCUCCGCCGGCGGCUUCAAAGGACCAUGAUACGAGUACGCUGCCAUCAAUUGCCGCGCUCCAACGGCAGUACAAGAGCAGCCUUGCAGAUCCCCAGGUGAUUGUCAACGCUGUCUUUGAUCGUAUAGAGAAGUACGAAGCCAUCGACCCGGCUGUCUGGAUCUCCAAACAGUCCCGGGACGACGUGCUUGCUGCAGCCGGAGCACUCUCUGCUAAGUACGCGGGGAAGCCGCUCCCUCCACUCUUUGGAGUGCCGUUCGCCGUCAAGGAUAGCAUCGACGUGGGAGGCUGCGUCACCACGCUGGCCUGCGAGAGCUUUGCGUACACGGCGGAUUCUACUGCCCCGGCCGUUCAACACCUGCUUGACGCCGGUGCUUUGUACAUUGGCAAGGUCAACCUGGACCAGCUGGCCACGGGUCUCACGGGAUGCCGUUCACCCUAUGGCACCCCGCACAGCUUCUACAGCCAAGAUCACAUAUCGGGCGGCUCAUCAUCUGGAUCAGCCGUCGCCGUUGUAGCGGGCCUGGUCUCGUUCGCCGUCUCGACCGAUACCGCGGGCAGCACCCGCAUCCCCGCCGCUUUCAACGGCAUCGUUGGCUUCAAACCCACCAAGGGAACCAUCUCGGCCCGGGGAUUGGUACCUGCGUGCAAGAGCCUCGAUUGUGUUACAGUCAUUGCGCCCUCCCUGGCAGAUGCUCGCGCCGCCUGGUACAUCAUGGAUCAGCACGAUUCCCUAGAUCCAUAUGCCAAACUACCGAGCAGCCUCGCGACCUGGAAGACGGAUUUCCGUGGGCCGAGGGAAGGGGGCUUCACAUUCGGCGUGCCUCCGGCUUCCCUGCUGGAGGAGACCUGCUCCGAAGCAUACCAAGAACUGUUCCAGGCUUCGAUACAGACGCUGGUAUCAUGCGGUGGCCGGCUGGUCGAGAUCGAUUACUCCCCGUUCGCCAAGGCCUGCGACCUCCUCUACAACGCGUCCCUGGUUCACGAGCGCCUGGCUUCCAUCGGCCACGAAUUCAUCGUGAAAAACGUCGACUCCUUCCACCCGGUUACCAAAUCCAUCUAUCGGUCAACACUCGAUUCGGAUCUAAAAGCCUGGCAGGUGUUCCGGGAUCAGGCGUUGCAAACACAGUAUAUCGCGCAGGCACGCAAGGUUUUCAACACCCUCGAAGGCGGGGUCGACGUCUUGGUCGUGCCGAGCGCGCCGUGCCAUCCCACCAUCGCGGAGAUCCGAGCAGACCCCAUCGGUCUGAAUUCCAAGCUGGGCGUGUUCGCACACGCGGGCAACGUGCUGGAUCUGUGUGGCGUCAGUGUCAACGCUGGAUGGGUCGAGGGCGGAGCAGCAGAGGAGGGCAAGAAGUUACCCUUUGGAGUCACGUUUCUGGGCGGGAGCGGGUACGAUGGCAAGAUCCUCGAUCUCGCUGCGGUCUUGGAAGAUGCUAUCAAGAAAGAAUGA